AUGGAACCGAAGAGCACGCCGCUGUGUGGCGUGCGGUUGAACCAAGGCACUGGCCUUGGGCCGCGUUGGAGCAUGCAAAGCACCCAGGCUGGGCCCAUCGAUGUGCCACAAGUGAUGAUUCUGGACAGCUUGCAAGAACACGUCGGUGCAGGGUCCACGGCACUGAGUGCAACGCUGAGGUGCGCCUUCACGGACGCUUCCCUGCUGUGCAGCAGUCGUGAGCUGUUUGACAGCCGCUCUCCCCGGUUCACGCACAAAACUGGGCACAUCUGGAACAUGGACACGCCCUGGGAGAGGUCCGAGAUUGAGAUGCUCAAGUACGUUGAAUGGUAUGCAAAACACAUGCUGUACCGUCUUGACGUCCUACAAGAGGAGCUCCGCGCCGCCGAAGAUACGCGCAAACUCGCCAGCACGAGGUCGCAAGGCAUUCGCCUGAGCAGCGAGUUUCCCACGCCCUACGAGCUUGCGCGCAAGUACACGUCUUGCAUUGAGAUGCAAGGUAAGGUGCUGGAAGAGCUGCUACAAGGAGAGCUGCAGCCAGCCGCACUCCUGUUAGAGAUUGAGCACGUGUAUGCCCGUGUCGAAGAAGAGGUCGAAAUGAAGUGCCAAGAGCUUGCAGCCAUUUCCUGCGUUGAGCCAGACGACCCGCGCCUGCGAUACAGCUUGCAAAACACCUUUCCCCGAUGGGUACCGCCUGGGCUCACGAUGGACGAUGACGCGUUCGGGACAGCCACGCCCGGACUGAGGAAGAUGCGACAGGGCUUGGUUCCCAUCUUCGUCGCUUGUGCGAUCACUGAGCCUCCCAUCAAAGUCAGCCUGGUGCCCCAGGACGCCAAGGACAUUGACAAGAAUCAGUUCCUGGACAUGCUGCCGCAGAAGAACGCAACUGGCGACGUGGUACUUGCACUGCCUGCGCUUGUGUGGAACGACGGACAAAACGACGUCAUCCUGGCCAAGGCGAAGUACUUGUGGGAGCCAACACGCAGCAAGGGUGACAUGGAGACAGCCGCCAGUGAACCCUGCACGCCCACGGCAGAAGCUACAGCAGUGCCCACAGCAGCGUCCAUGAAAAGGGCACAGUCCAGCAGCGUUCAACCGUCCAAGAGCAGUGACUCGUUUGAGCUCGGCUCGUGCAUUGACAUCAAUGUUGACGAGGACUGUGACAAUGAGGCUGAGAUUGAGGAGACUGGCUUCAACCACAGGCAACCACAGGUCAUCCGCAGUCAGCCUCAACGCUCUUCAUGGGAGAACAACCCCAUGCGCGCUGUUGUUUACGAAUGA